AUGAGCACAUCAACCACCAAUGACAGCGCUACCACUACUGCUGCAAUGAGGCAGAAACUUACAUCAGAUUUCAGUGAAGCAGUCUGGUCCGAUAAGCCCAUCUCGAAAGACUUGAAUGUCGUGCUCAAUUCGAAAGCCAAUGAUGACGCAUACAUCAACGAUAUGAAAUCCGCCUGGUCUAGUAUCAACGCGAAGGACGAGGAUGGCAGAGACCCUACUAGGAAAGGACGAAAAGUGCGAUAUCAGUCCUUCUUGUCUACUGCAAUGGGUGAAGAAAGAAAUGAUAAUACUCGGGGGACCAAAAGCUUCUAUUUUUCAAGUAAAUAUGCCAACUUCAAAGGGAUGUACACCGAUCAGAAAGGCUUCCAGAGUAUAGUCAAGAGUACAAUGGCGCUCAAAGAUGAUGGCACAGAGCCCACUAUAGAUGAGAUGAGAUCAAGAUGGAAGAACAGUGCCAAUUCCAUCGCGAGCUUAGUGGAGACUUCGGCAAUAUUCAGAUCGGAAGUUGACAAAUUCACCCAAGGAACAGAUGAUGAUAGUACACCUAGAAACUCACGCAAAGGUCAACCUCCCAUGAGGAAGAAUCACAAAAAGAAGCAAGAUUUAUGGAAUCAACUUGUGGCCAGAGCCGAAAAGGAGAAAGCCGCCAAAUCUAUCUCUGAAUAUACCGUCAGUGCGCCAGAAACCACUUCCGUUACUGCCCAAACCCAGGGUAAGACCUUGGAAGGUAUGUCACAGUCCGAUAAGCAAGCUAUCUGGAAAGACGUCAUAUCUAGAUUCAGUAAAAAUAUCACUGAAAACCCAUCCUCAUUCUCCGAUGGUGAAUCGACUAGUGAGAUUGCGAAUGACACUGUCACUCAAUCUACUAAUGGUGUCGCAAACAGUGUCGCCACCACUAGCAUGGCUAGUACCAGAGCUUAG